AUGGGAAACAGUAUCAGCUCCAAAUCCAAGGCAAUUGACAAACAGCUCAAGAUUGAAAAGAAGCGAGCCGGCAAGGAAAUUAAAAUCCUAUUGUUAGGUGCUGGUGAUUCUGGCAAGAGCACCAUUAUCAAACAGAUGAAAUUGAUUCAUGCUUGUGGAUUCUCGAGGAUUGAAAGGGAAAACUUUCGAGUCAUGAUAUUUACCAAUUUGUUGGGAUCGAUGCAGGCCUUGUUAGAGAGCAUGGCCCUGUUGAACCUGACAUUUGAGAAUGACAGCAAUUGGAAUUACAUUGGCCUGUUUGAGCAUCCUGUCAGCUCGUUUCAGCUGUCCAUACACGAAUCAUACCCCAUGGACUAUCAUCAGCCGCUUGUGUCAUUAUGGAAAGACAAGAGCGUACAGGCGACAUUUGCUCGAGGGCAUACGUUUGCGUUCAAUGAAAAUAUCAAAUACUUUUUUGAUCAAUUGGAUAGACUGUUUCAACCUGAUUAUACACCCACAGACCCUGAUAUCAUUCAUUGCCGUAUAAAGACUACAGGAAUUGUCGAGUCCAAAUUUAGGCAUGGUUCAGUUACUUAUAGGAUGUUUGAUGUUGGAGGACAACGCAGCGAAAGAAAGAAAUGGAUACAUUGCUUUGAUAAUGUGGCCGCGGUCUUGUUUGUAGCCGCCUUGAGUGGUUACGAUUGCUGUCUUGUGGAAGACAGAUAUUCAAUGUACGAGGCUUUCAUGUUGUUUGAGUCUAUUUGCAAUUCGAAAUGGUUUGUCAACACAUCCAUGAUUUUGUUCUUGAACAAGGUGGAUUUGUUCAGGCAAAAGAUACUGAAAUCUGAAAUUAAAGAGUACUUUCCAGACUAUAAAGGACCAUCGGCGGAUUAUGAUCAAGCUACUGAAUUCUUCAAAAGACGUUUCACAAAGCUAAAUGCCAAUGCCAGUAAACAAAUUUAUGUACAUUAUACCGUUGCUACAGAUACCAGACUACUAGCUCAUAUUAUGGAGUCUGUAUCUGAUAGUAUUCUUCAUGAAAACCUUCAAACUUUAUUAUUGUAG